UCAAACUCGCGCAAAAACUGAACCAUUCCGGCAGUCUCCAGCAAAACAGUGAGCACUUCUUCUCACUAAACCUACCAAAUGACGGAGCUGGAAUUGGUAAUCGCGUCGUCGCCGACCGACGCCGGUAUCGGCUGUUGGGACCUCCAUACUGGCGCCGAGCACCUUCGUUAUCGGUCUUGCUCCUCCCCCUCCCACGGCCUUGUCUGUGUCGGCGGCCGCUUUCUCGCCUCCUCUCAACUCUGUGCUACCAAAUCGUCGUCAGGCUCUGUCCUUUACUGGUCCUGGAACAAGCCUCAAGUUGAAGUUAAAAGCUUUCCAGCGGAACCUAUAAGUCCACUUGUUUGCAACAAUGAGGGAACUUAUAUGGCCGGAGGAGGUGCAUCCGGUGAUAUAUACUUGUGGCAGGUUGCGACUGGUAAACUACUUAAGAAGUGGCAUGCUCACUAUAGGGCAGUUACUUGCUUGAAAUUCAAUGACGAUCAAUCACUUCUGAUUUCUGGUUCAGAGGAUGGAUCUGUUCGAGUUUGGUCUCUUAUAAUGGUAUUUGAUGAUUUGUUGAGGGAGAAAGCAAGACAGCCUUACGAGUAUAGUUUCUCUGAGCAUUCUUUGAAGGUGACUGAUGUUGUGACUGGGUAUGGCGGAGCUAAUGCAAUUGUUGUAUCUGCUUCAGAAGAUAGAACAUGCAAGGUAUGGAGCUUGUCGAGAGGAAAAUUGUUGAGAAACAUUGUGUUUCCAUCAGUAAUUGAUGCAAUUGCAUUGGACCCUGGUGAAGAUGUCUUCUAUGCUGGUGGUAGAGAUGGGAAAAUAUACAUUGCUGCACUAAAUGCUGUUGCUGACUCCAACAGUAAUUACGGAUUGCACAUUCUUGGUUUUUUGUCUGAGCAAAGUAAGGCUAUUACAUGCUUAGCAUUAACUACGGACGGGGGCUUGCUAAUUUCUGGAUCAGAGGAUGGCAUGGUUCGGGUGUGGAACACUAAAGACCAUAACAUCGCCCGAAUUUUUAGGCAUGCAAAAGGCCCAGUUAACAAUAUUGUUGUUGUUAGACAACCAUCUCUCCUGAGUACCAGAGGAUCUGUGAAUUCCCAAGGGCCGUCCGUAAAGAGACAUGGGGUAUCAUUACCACCCCCAUUGGAAAAGUAUGCUAACUCAGCAGAUGAUAAUGAUUAUGUGGCAGUAAUUGGCCCCCGGGUCAAUCCUGAUAGAUCUGUUGAAGCUUCAUAUAUCAGUGUUCAGACACUAAAUAAUCAAAUCUUAGAGCUUCAGAGACAAGGGUCUUCUGCUGCUGCUCAAAUGGAGAUCGAAAAGCUAAAACUCGACCGCAGCAGGUCCAUACAAAUGAUUCAGCAAUGGGAAAAGAAGUAUCAAAAUCUACAUCAGUUUUGUGUAACCGAGCUAUUGGAUGGGGAACCAGCUGGAAAUGCUGAGUGACACAGCCUAUAACAUAUAUAUUUUUUCAAUACAUUCUGAGGGGGAAGGGUGAAACGGGAAGGGGAAGCUGCUUAUAGAUUAGAGUCUUCCACCUACAUGAUGUGCUCACCCAGUGAGCUUGCUCUCAAUUGAUUACUAUCUGUAGCAGCUUCCUACAUUUAUGUGUAAUAUUUAUUUAGCAGUGAUUAGUUAUGACAGUAUAGAUGAAAUUCGAUUCCUUUACUUGAAGUUUUGGCCGUGAACAAAAGGUUUAAAUUAAUGAGUCUAGAACUCUCGCUGCAUUUGUAUUCAGUCAAUUCUAAAUGUGCCUCGUCUUCUUUAUUUCAA